UAUAAAAAGAGUUGUUGAAAAAAAUGUCGGUACAUAAUUACAUCUUGAAGGGCUAUUUUUAGACAGGGGCCGAGUACAAAAUCAGUAUUAUUAUUUGAACACGUUUAACCAUUUCACAAUUAAUUUAAAAAAACUUAUAUAGGUAUAUAAAAGUUUUCUUGUAAGGAAUAGUGAUUGACAAGUUUCAAAGUAAUUUAUCUUGGGUAAACUAUAUCCUUACUAAACCAAUGUCUUCACAAGAUAAUGAAGAGUUCAAGAAUGCCAUCAAAGAUCUGGCAUUUUAUGCUCCACUUAUGGAGAAUGCCUUUGAUCGCGUGAGGUGCUCAGAAUGGACGAGGAAGCUCGCGAGCAUGAGCGGGGACGACUUUGAAUCGGCCAAGACCAGGAACGAGUACAUGCAGUACCUGCGCAUAAUGGUGCGGAGCGGACAGCUCUUCUUCAUCUUCAAGAACCCUCCGCCCGACGGUCAGCUUGCUCCCUUCCCCGAGUGCGUGGGCAACGAGAUGGCCAAGAAGAUUCCGUUCCUGCCCGCGAUGGGACCGGUCCAACCGCUCAUCGUGCACCAGUCCCCCGACGGCUGUGCCUACAUCUCCACCAAGCAGGUGCCCGGAGGAGGGAUGUUCUGCUACAUGGCCGUCACUCCGGACGGCAUAGAGUAAGCUUCCAAGGCAACACACUCGUCGCAAUGUCAAACCUUUUCAAAUACAUUUUAGAGGAAAAUUAAAAUUUGGCUACACACUA